AUGGCUCCCGCCAAUUUCAAGACCUACGAGGCCCAGGCCCGCCUUCUUCGUGCCAUUGUGGCUGCUCAUCCGGAGGUCAAGUGGAACUAUAAGGAUAUCCAAAAGUAUUACGGAUCGGAUAUGACCAAGGAUGCUCUCAACCAUCGGUUCAGAGCUAUUCGCAAUCAUAUCUGGACGCUUCAACAAGCAGACGAACAGGGCGUCGACUGCAAGGACAUCCCCGUGGACCUGCCCAAAGAGAAGAAGGAGAUUGCCAAAUAUUUUGGCGAAUCCACCACCGAUGGCAUCCAGUUCCAGUUCCGAGGUAUCAAGAAGGACGCCGAGUCCCUCAAGCAGACGGCCAACAGCGGUGGCAACCCCGCCACCGCCUUGAACCUCCCGGCUAGUGCGACCUCCAGCGCCUUCUCGACUCCUCGCAAGCCGCGUACUCCUUCCACCAAGACCCGCGUCUCGGGCGGUGGUCGCUCGACCACCGCCAAGAAGACCAAGCAGGUUAAGCCCGCCCCCGUCUCGGUCUCGGAGGAGGACGAAGAGGAGGACGAGGAAGUCGAUUAUAACGAACUCGAGGACACCCCCUCCAAGAGCCGCAUCCGCGACCGCGUUCUCGACGGCCGCGUGUCCAAGAACACGCACACUCCGAACCCCCGCCGCAGCGCUACCCCGAGCCGUGCCGCUACCAUCGCCGCGGCUGCCAACAUUGCUCAGGCUGCCGCCGUUGACCUGACCACCUCUGACAGUGAGGUCAACACCCCCGACAACGCAGUAAGCUACGAGCUCCCUGCUCCUGUCGACGCAAAGCCCGCCGUCAUGCAGCAGCAGACACAGAUGCAGUCGAUCUUUGGAGAUCCCGCCGCUACUUAUGAGCAGCCUGUCAUCCAGCCUGUUGCUCAACCUGUCAGUCAGCCAGCUGCCAACGGCGGAUACUCUGGUCACUCCAGUUUCGACCCAUCCCAGGGUGUCGGCCUCUUCAACGAUGAUCCGCUCAACUUCAGCUUCGUUGACAGCAUGGAUCAUGGCAGUGGCGACUUCAACCCCUACAUGGGCAAUGAUGGCGAGAUCUAA